UCUCAAUUAAUUUUGUUCAUUAUAAUUCUAUACAAGGUUUCAAUCUAAGUACACGGCCAUGGCAUCAAAGCAUUGCAACAGCAAUGGUGGCAACUGGAACAGGAAGCACGACAACAACAAUGAUGAAGAUCUGGACUUGAUGUUAAAGCAGCAACUGGAGUUGUACGUUGAGAGAGUACAAGAUCCUGACCCAGGUUUGCAGAAAAUUGCCAUUGAGUGUAUUAGGCACGAAAUCCGUGCCUCAACGAGCUCUAUGACUUCAGUUCCAAAGCCGCUCAAAUUUCUCAGACCACAUUAUGCAAUUUUGAAGAAAGCAUACCAUGAAACAGUGGCAGAUUCAGAUUUAAAGAAAUACCUUGCAGAUAUACUAUCGGUUUUGGCACUGACUAUCUCUUCUUCUGCCGCUGACAGAGAACAAAGGGAGAGCUUGAAAUACAGAUUGCUGAGCUCCAAAGGUGAUUUAGGUUCGUGGGGUCACGAAUAUGUCAGAAACUUGGCUGGAGAAAUUGCUCAAGAGUACACUGAGCGGCAGUGCAUGGAGGCCCCAGUUGAUGAUCUAAUGGAGCUGGUAGAACAAAUUGUUGCCUUUUAUAUGAAACAUAACGCUGAACCUGAAGCAGUUGACCUUUUAAUGGAGGUUGAGGAUCUAAACCUGUUAUCUGAGCAUGUUGAUGGUGCAAAUUUCAAAAGGACCUGUCUCUAUCUUACUAAUUUAGCAAGAUACGUUUACCAUACUGGAUCAGAUGAUAUUUUGGUUCUGGAUAUUGCAUACAACUUAUACCUUAAAUUUCAAGAAUUUUCAAAUGCUCUUCGGAUUGCACUUUUCCUUGAUAAUAUGCAGUAUGCGAGGCGGGUCUUUACCUCUUGUGAUGACGCUGUGAUGAAAACGCAAUUAUGUUACAUCCUUGCUCGACAUGGUGUUAGUUUUGAACUUGAUGAAGAGAUGGCUGGAGAUGAGAUUGACAGACUGCAGGAGAUCAUCAACAAUAUGAUGUUAAAUGAAGGUUAUCUUACCCUUGCUCGUGAUAUCGAAGUCAUGGAGGCCAAAACGCCAGAGGACAUCUACAAGACUCGCUUACUUGAUGGACAAGCAAGUGUUGUUGAUUCGGCUAGACAGAACUUGGCGGCCACGUUUGUGAAUGCAUUUGUAAAUGCUGGUUUUGGUCAGGAUAAGCUGAUGACGACGAGUACUACUUCAACAGGAAACUGGGUUUUUAAGAAUAAGAUGCAUGGGAAGACCAGUGCUGCUGCAAGUCUUGGUAUGAUAUCACUGUGGGAUGUGGAUUCUGGACUUGCCCAUAUUGACAAGUACUUACACAGCAACGACAGCCACUUGAUUGCCGGUGCCUUGUUAGGAAUUGGAAUUGUCAAUAGCAGUAUUAAGAAUGAUUGUCAUCCGGCAAUGGCAUUACUUCUGGACAAUGAGUAUGGCUACUUGGAUAGAGAAGAUUCAUCAAUCAGAAUUGGUGCAAUAAUGGGCCUAGGAAUAGCAUAUGCUGGUAGUCAAAACGAAACACUACGUCAUAAACUUUCUCCUAUUCUCAACGAUGCAAAAGCUCCCCUUGAUGUGAUUUCCUUCACUGCAAUCUCAUUGGGAUUGAUAUAUGUGGGAUCUUGCAAUGAAGAGGUUGCUAAGGCAGUUAUAUUUGCAUUAAUGAACCGAAGUGAGUCAGAGUUUGGGGAGCAACCACUUACUCGGCUAUUGCCUCUAAGUCUUGGUCUUCUAUACCUUGGGAAGCAAGAACGAGUUAAGGCUACUAUGGAAGUUUCAAAGAGUAUCUUUCAUGAGAAGAUCAGAAAACAUUGUGGUAUGGUUCUGCUUUCUUGUGCUUAUGCAGGAACAGGGAAUGUUCUCAAGGUCCAAAACCUUCUUGGUAACUGUACUUCACAACAUCAUCUUGAGAAGGGUAGUGAAACGCACCAAGGGCCCGCUGUGCUUGGAAUUGCAAUGGUGGCAAUGGCUGAAAAAUUGGGACUCGAAAUGGCAAUUCGUUCGUUAGAGCAUCUUUUACAUUAUGGAUCAGAACAGAAAAAUAUCCGCCGGGCAGUUCCUCUGGCUCUUGGUCUUCUUUCAAUUUCGAACCCAAAGGUCAAUGUCAUGGAUACCUUAAGCAGACUUAGUCAUGAUACAGAUUCAGAAGUAGCCAUGGCAGCCAUCAUCUCUUUAGGAUUAAUAGGUGCUGGAACUAACAAUGCCAGAAUAGCCGGUUUGCUACAGAAUCUGUCUAGCUAUUAUUACAAAGACCCCAGCAUUCUAUUCUGUGUACGCAUUGCACAAGGUUUGGUACAUAUGGGGAAGGGCCUACUAACUCUAAAUCCAUACCAUUCUGAUCGUUUCCUGUUAUCACCGACAGCUCUUGCUGGUAUUAUAACCAUGCUGUAUACAUGUCUUGACUUGAAAGACAUCAUUUUGGGGGAAUAUCAUUUUGUUCUAUACUUCCUUGUGUUGGCAAUGCAGCCUAGAAUGUUGAUGACGGUGGAUGAGGAACUCAAACCUGUCUCUGUACCUGUUCGAGUGGGACAAGCCGUUGAUGUUGUUGGGAAGGCUGGUUGUCCUAAAACCAUAACUGGGUUCCAGACACACUCCACACCAGUUCUUCUUGGUGCCGGUGAUAGAGCAGAGUUGGCCACUGACAAAUACAUUCCACUUUCCCCCAUUCUUGAAGGCUUUGUCAUUUUGAAGGAGAAUCCAGAAUAUUGGCAGGAAGAUUAGUUUAAUUUUGUCAU